AUGACAGAUAAAGGGGGAGAAGGAGAAGCUCCGGUGAGAGUAAAAGAAAUUGGGUCAACCUCUGUAGCGUGUCCUAUGCUGAACUUAGCGAAUUACAUUGUAUGGUCAAUGAGAAUGAAAGUGGUAUUAAAGAUUCACAAGGCUUGGACAGUGAUCGAUCCAGGAACAGAGAAAAACGAGGAGAAAGAUUACCUUGCUAUGGGGCUGCUUUAUCAGGCAAUUCCAGAAAGCUUGAUAAUGCAAAUUGGUGAUGUCGAUUCUUCAAAGGUUCUACGGGAAUCGAUCAAGGCUCAUUAUGUAGGAGCUGAUAGGGUGAAACAGGCCCGAUUGCAAACCCUAAACGUCGAAUUCAAUCGGCUAAAGAUGAUGGAGUCGGAAACCAUCGACACAUAUGCUAGAAAGCUGUCCGGUAUAGCCUCGAAAUCAGCAGCUUUAGGAGAUGUUAUUGACGAAUCGAAAUUAGUGAAGAAGUUCCUCAAAACCUUGCCUCAUUCGAAGUUUAUACACAUCGUCGCCUCUUUGGAACAGGUGCUCGAUCUGAAAUCAGUCGGAUUCGAAGAUGUAGUCGGUCGAUUAAAGGCAUACGAAGAAAGAAUAAGGGAAGAAGAUAUUAGCGAGGCAGAUCAGUCGAAGGUGCUAUUUGUGAAAUCGACGUCUGAAGUAGGAGGCUCGUCAGCUGGUGGGGGUAACUCGUCGAUAACGAAGGGAAAGUGGAAAGGAUCAGAUGAGUUUAAUGGGACUAACGGGUCAAAUAGAUCCGGAUCUGGAGGGUCAUGUGGGUUAGGCGGGCCCAAAAGAAAUAAUAUUGUUUCUCAAAGUAAUCGGUCCAAUAAACAGUCCAAUUCCGAUUUAAUUCAAUCCAAUUCCAACAAUUGCAAAAAAUGUAAUUGUUGUCACGACAAAAAUAGGAAAAAUAGGGAAAAAGACCGAUCUAAGGGGAAGCCAUCGAUAACUCUUGUUAAUGAGGAGGCGGAUGACGAAGCUACUCAUAGUGAUAUUCGAGUAGAUGAUGUUAAUUUUGAAGAGGAUACUGCAAAUUCAUCUAAGAAUUCGAAGGUAUCUUUUAUCUCAACCAGUAUCACUUCUCCUGUUAUUCCAUAA